UUUGCGGGUCUUGUUAUUUACUGCAGAAAAUGGCGUUUUACACAAGGUGUUUGCAAGAUCUGCCAAAUAUUACUAUUAACGAUGUCCACCGCAUCAUUCAAGCCUCCUCUUCUGCACCAAGAAGUGAGCGUGAGAAGGGGUUUAAAAUGUAUGUAUCCAGUUACAUCGAUAACUACGAAGAUCGUCUUUGUGGAUUCAUCCCCUGUUGAGAUGUGCAAUGCUGAGUGUUCAUGUGUGGCUGGAACAGCACUGUGCAAUCAUACUGUUGCACUUCUUUACCAAACUGCGCACUAUUCCCAACUGAACCUUACGGCAGUCCCCCCCGUUCUGAGUUGCACUGAGACAGAACAACGCUGGCACAAGCCAAGAACUAUGGGUGUGAAACCAGGUAGAGUCGGUGAUAUGGUGGUAGUAUCUACCAAGCCAAAGCAGAGGACUGUUGCUGAUGGUGUAAGGAGCACACUUUACAAAGCAGUGCAAGGAGAUUUGCCUGAUCAAGACGUGCUUAAAGUGUCAGAAAUUUACAAGGACUUUUCAACAGACAUUGCACCACUCAUUACUACCUUGUCUAUAAAUGCUGACAUCGCACUAGUUGAUUCUGCUCUUGGAAAAGUCCAAGAAGGCAGCCCCAUCUCCUUUCACCAUCCAGUGCCAGUGAGCCGGACAGUAAUUUACCACCCAGAUUGCCCUCCUCCAGCACUCCUACCUUUAGAUGGUUACAGGCUUGAGCCCACCAGCUGCCAGUUUGUUUGCAGUCACCAACAGCAACUACAUCUGCAGUCACUGGAGACUACGUUGGACAUGGCCAGGAGAAUAGAAGCUGCCACAAGGAAACAGAGUGACUCUGUGGAGUGGUACAGAGUUAGAAAGCCACGGAUCACCUCUUCGCGCUUCAGGGAGGUGUGCCAUGUCCGCGGCCAGAGCUCCUCAGAACACCUUGCUGAACGAAUUCGGAGAGGAACAGCACAAACAGCAGCAAUGAAAAGGGGCCUAGCACUGGAGCCUGUAGCAAUUCAGGAGUAUUGCAGAACAAAAAACACAAAUUUCUGGCCUUGUGGGUUUGUCAUCCACCCAGAUGUCCCCUGGUUAGGGUCAUCACCUGAUGGUGUCAUUUUUGACCCAACUGAAAGACCCCCAUUUGGCCUGCUUGAAAUAAAGUGCCCAAAUGCAAAAAGCUAUGUUGAUUGCAGCUAUUUAAAGUUACACAGUGGUACCAUGCAACUAAAAUCACAGCACAGCUACUACUGGCAGGUCCAAGGCCAGCUCUUGAUUACUGGAAUUGUGUGGUGUGACUUUGUUGUUUUUGCAGAGGAUGACAUGUUAAUUCAGAGAAUAUAUCAAGACAAUGAAGUAGCCAGAAUCAUUAGAGAGAAAGGAGACUACUUCUUUUUUUAUUUUUACAUAUGCAUCUCUCAACAUGUACUCGCAGCCGGGCAAUGGAUUGGGUCUGUUGUACAUCCUGCCUGGACAUCUGGGAAUUCUUUGACCGAUAAGCAGGUCGGUAAACCUUGCAAGGAACGAGAUCAUCUACCAAAAAGCCCUUGUCAACCAUAAUGGCCAUGUCUGGUGUGAGGCAUUUAAUAAUUCCUGAAAGUUUGAAAAUCUCCCGGUCACUCAUAGAGCCUGCAUACAGCACUGAAACAAAGGUAAUGGCACCAUGUGGUGCAAUGCCAAUCAUCGCCUUCAAUGUACUGUGUGAUUUGUAAUUCGAAAACACCUCACUCUGAAGUAGUAGAAAGGAGGGUGUUUGGCAGUACAAUUCAGUGCAGUCCAGCACCACUUGAGUGUCGGGGAAGUCUGCAAACUCUGGUGGUAAGAGAGCUCUGACGACUUCUUUUGGUAUCCACAGGCGAAUUGAACCAAGUAGAUUGUACAGAAAGUGUGUCCAAGUCACAAUGAUUCGGCUAGCUGUGGUCCGAUGAACACCAAAGCGCUCUGCUAGAUCCCUGAGAGGCAGACCCACAGACAAGUGCAUCAGAAAAAGCAGCAGCUCAUCUAUUGGUGCAAGUUUCUGUGAAAAAUUAAUAAAGAGAGUUUAGAUACAGAUUCAUUUGUGAUUACACUGUACCACUAAACCUUAUUGUAAAUUAUUUACUAUUUACUUACAUACCGUUGUUUUUGUUUGGGUCAGCUCAUCAAAGCUGUCAGAGGCAGCCCUUGCCCUGGUAAUUCGCACCAUCCUACUUUUUGCAGCAGGCUCCACCAAUUUCCAAAAGGCCAAGA